AUGGACAAGACCAAGAAAAAGAGUCAUGUCAAUGGAAAAUACAAGAAAACUAAACCAGAUAAUUGUGACGAUACUGUAACAACGUGCUGCUUUUGUAUAAAAACUAAAAAAAGUAAAAAGAAAAGCCUUAUAGCUGGAUGUAUAACAAAUCUCGGAAUAUUUAUAGUUCUUCUCAUUUAUACCUUAUUAGGGGCAUUUAUUUUCUUAGCUAUCGAAGGAGGUGCUGCUAAAGUACACCAGAAAACUUUAGCGACUACAUCUUACCAAGCUACUGAAAGUAAGAAACCUAUUGCCCUGUCUAAAGUAAAUAAUAGCAUCGCCCAAGCAUCAGCUGAAUUAAGAUCACAAACUGUAGAGAGUAUAUGGGAGAUAACGGUUUCACUAAACAUUUUAUAUAAAGAAAAUUGGACAAGACUUGCAGCUCAAGAAAUUGCGAGAUUCCAAGAUAAAUUGGUCGCCAGAGUGACUGCUGAUGUAACUGAACAGUAUGGAGGUGCAAGAGCUUUGGAGUCAGCACCAGCUCUUGUAUCAGAUGACUACGAAUGGAACUUUUCUAAAGCAUUUUUAUAUUCACUAACUGUUCUUACUACUAUCGGCUACGGUAGUGUGGCUCCUAAAACUGCAUUAGGCAAAAUAGUCACUAUAGGAUAUGCCGUUGUAGGUAUACCUUUAACGCUUCUAUAUUUAUCAGUGGUUGGAGCUCUCCUAUCUAGAGUAGCCAGAAGCAUAUUCAGUAGAACUCUGUGUUGCUGUCUUUGUGUCAAGUGUGGGUACUGCUGUCUCGACGAAAGUGCAAUCACAUCAAAAGAAAGGAAGGAAAAAGUAAGACGACCAGAAGAUUUUAGAACUCAAACUUUGCACCUACAAGAACCUUAUUACGUUCGAUCACCAUCUGGUACAAUUAUAUCAGCAUCCCAAGCUAACAGCCUUAGCACAAAUUCUAUAAAAGAUAAAAACGUGGGAUUAAAUUUUCUCAGAGAUUGUGAUUCUAUGAGUUGUACAGAUACCGAUUCAAAGGUUUCACUAAGUGGUUUUUCAAUUCUCGCUCCAAUUUCAUUAUGCCUAGCUGCUAUUUUCACUUACAUUUCUUUCGGCGCCUUCAUUCUCUAUCAGCUGGAGGGUUGGAGCCCAGUAGAUGGAAUUUACUUUUGUUUUAUGAGCUUGAGUACAAUCGGUUUCGGUCACUUAGCUCCUGGUAUGACUCAAAGAAACGGUGCAUCAUCAGGUACAGUUUGGUUCUGUUCCAUUUACAUUAUAACUGGUCUCGCUCUGACUGCUAUGUGUUUUAAUAUACUUCACGAUGAAAUAGUUCAUCGACUGAGACAUCAUGAAAAAAUUAUGAAGAGUGCUACUCAAAAAGUGAUGACACCGGAAUUCCUACAAAGGUCCUGA